AUGUCGGCCAGUCCAGAGAUCAAACCGGUCGAGGAAGACCCCGUGCAAGCGCCUACCCCCGGCGCCGGCGAUGACGAAGCCCAGGGCGUCGAGGAAACAGCCGCUGCCGACUUGGACGCAGCAGAUGAAAAGGACAACGGGUCCGAUGACGAGUCGAUUCUGUCGGAGGUAGACGAGGCGCAGUUCGAGGACUUUGAUCCUGAGAAUGUCGACGUCGAGGACCGGCCGCAGUUGGCGAUUGAUGAGGAUAAUCUGAAGCUUAUUGGACGGCAUAAGCGGAAGAGGACUGAGGAUGGGGAGCGGUCGACGCGCAAGAGGGAGGGGCGGAGGGAGAAGAAGAGUCGGCGGAUGAGGGAGUUGGAGGAGGGGGGUGAUGAUGGGGAUGGUAAGGCGAAAAAGAGGGAGAGGAAGAGGAGGGAGCCCACUCCUGAGGAUGAUGAGACGUUGGAUCCUGCUACUCGUCGUCGUAGGGCUUUGGAUCGUGCUAUGGAUGAGGCGCUCAAGAAGCCUACUAAGAGGCGUUUUCGCAAGGCGGAUGGUAUUGAUCUGGAACAAAUGGCCGAUGCCGAGAUUGAGGAUAUGCGCAAGCGCAUGACCCAUGCUGCUCAGAUGGACGCUAUUAGUCGUCGGGAGGGCAAGCCCGCUAUGCAUAAGUUGAAAAUGCUGCCUGAGGUGGUCUCUCUACUCAAUCGAAACCAGUAUGUCAACAGUCUGGUUGACCCCGAAAUCAACCUGCUUGAGGCGGUGAAGUUCUUCCUGGAGCCUUUGGAUGACGGCUCGCUGCCGGCCUACAAUAUCCAGCGUGAUUUGAUGACCUCGCUGGCUAAGCUUCCGAUCAACAAGGAGGCGCUUGUUGCGAGUGGAAUCGGCAAGGUGAUUGUGUUCUACACCCGGAGUAAACGUCCCGAAGCCGGCAUCAAGCGUAUGGCUGAGCGUCUGCUUGCUGAAUGGACGCGCCCUAUCCUCCAGCGUAGCGAUGAUUACUCCAAGCGAGUCUACCAGGAAGCGGAGUUCGAUCCUCGGUUGUCUAGAAAAGUUCAACGUACUACACAAUCGGCCCAGGCCACUGCGGCAGAAGCGCGCGCUCGCGAACUGCUUCCUCCUCGUCUGGCGAACCGUGCCCGCGCCGAGAUCACACAUACCAGCUACACUGUCGUGCCUCGUCCGACGAUGGUGCAGGAGAGCAAGUUCGCGCGGCCACUGGGUGCCAGUGGAGAGGAUCGAUUCCGAAAGAUGCGUGCACGACAGAUUGCGGCGUCGAAGGGAUCGCGUCGAUAG